AUGGAUUGCCUAGCCGGAUCCCCUGGGAAGUUCAGGAACUUCAGGAAGGACGACUUUGAGGCUGACUGGAUUAAGUUGGCAGAAUGCAGAUUUGGUCAAGUGUACCAGGUCAAGCUGAAGGUCUGGCGGGAAAAAUGUGCACUGAAGAGCUUCAACACAACUUUGUGUGCAAAAAACUUUUACAGGAAAGUAAUGGACGAGGCGUCAGACCUAGCCAAAGUGAAUUUCAAGUACAUCGUGUCUGUCUACGGAUUGUGCAGCGAAGCGACUGGCGUGGUGAUGGAGUACAUGAGUAAUGGAUCGUUGAACAAUCUCCUCGCCAGUCACACUUUAAUGUGGCCAAAGAAGUUCCAGAUGAUUCAUGAGACGUCCAUGGGCAUGAAUUUCCUCCACAGCAUGAAACCUCCACUGCUCCAUCUUAACCUCAAGACAUCCAACAUCCUGCUAGACGAUCAUCUCCAUGUCAAGAUUUCAGAUUUCGGUUUAAUUCACCGGGAAGAGGGCAUGAGCGAGAACUUGUUCAUGGAGAGUCUGACAGCAAGAGGGAACACAAGUUACAUUCCUCCAGAGACAUUCACUCAGUGCCCCGAUCCUCCAGGAACUUCCUUUGAUGUUUACAGCUUUGGCAUUGUGAUUUGGGAGAUUCUGACACAACAGAAACCGUAUGCAGGGUGCAGCAUGACCACAGUGAUCUUACAGGUGUCACAUGGGAAGAGACCCUGUGUGCAAAUUAUAGCUGAUCGGAAGCCCCAUGAGUGUGACCAGAUGAUCAGCAUCAUGCAGCAGUGCUGGGACCAGGACCCCGGGAAGAGGCCACCUUUCUCAGAUACUGUUAGGAAAACGGAGGCUCUGAGUGAAGUCCUGAAGAUCGCAGGAUCAAUCAAAUGUCACGGAAAUGGUGACAAGGAAGACACAUCAAAAUAUCCCUGGCUAGUUUCCCCAGUAAACAAGAUUGCUUUGCCUGAGAUGUCUGACCUUCCCUCAGGUCACCAAAAUGACAAUGACGGUGUCCUCGCCCUGCUGUCGAGAAAGGACUUUGGUAGUUUCAGACAAUCUGUGAGAAGGGAGCACGUACAGACACAGUAUGCAGAUGAAAAGAGCCUCCUCCACUUUACGGUGGCUAGCAGGGAUACGGAGAGUGUCAAGCAUGUGCUGAAUCUGGGUGCUGAGGUCAACUGCACGACUGCCAGAGGUUACACUCCUCUUAUCAUUGCUGUUCUGCACAGGCUUCAUGACAUCAUCGCUUUGCUACUGGAACACGGAGCUGCCACCAGCCAGGGCGAUGAGGACCAGUGGACAGCGCUCCAUUUCGCCGCUCAGAACGGCGAUGACAGGACCGUCCGUCUCCUGUUGGACAAAGAAGCCGAGGCGGAUGCCCGGGAAAAAGCCGGUUGGACGCCCCUCCACCUGGCCUGCCAGAACGGCCAUGAAACAGUGGUGCGCCUGCUGCUUUCACGGCUGUCGGAGGAAGCAGUCGGAGAACGCGAAGAGCAAGGGAGGACGCCCCUCCACCUAGCAUCCGCCUACGGGCAUCUGAACAUUGCCAAGCUCCUCCUCUCUCAGGGAGCUGAUCCUAAUGCUGCAGACUGCUCCCUCGCCACCGCUCUUCACUUAUCAGCUGCGGAGGGUCACAACAGAGUUGUCAGACUGUUGCUGAAGAGUGAGGUGAAUACUGACACCGCAGACAGCAGAGGAAACACUCCACUACACCUGGCUGCUCUGAAGGGUCACACAGGCAUAUGCAGGCAGCUGUUGUCUAACGGGGCCAGCCCGGAUUCCAAGACCCUCCAAGGCUGGACUCCCAUGCACCUGGCUGCCCUAAAGGGACACGAAGCCACGGUGGUCCAGCUGGAGAGUCAGGGCGGUUGCGUGAAUGCCAGAGGUGAGAACGGUUGGACUCCGCUCCACCUCGCCUGCCACCAGAGUGAGCCGGAGGUGGUGGCAAAGCUCCUGGCAUCCAAGGCCGAGCCCAAUGUGUCAGAAGACAGUGAAGGAUGGACGCCAUUACAUGUCGCAUGUACCAGUGUCAGUUUCCCAAGUGUCCUCCACUUAAUAUCGCAUCAUGCUGAUGUGAAUGCAGUAAACUCAGGAAAUGCAACACCUCUACAUCUGGCUGCCCAGCAUGGCUGUUUGCCCAUUGUAAAGGCUCUGCUGCUCAAUGGAGCGGACAGGACUCUGCUGGACUCUUCUGGAUCCACAGCUCUGAGUGUGGCCCAGAGGUGGGGAAAACAAGAAAUAGUGCAACUUCUGGAGAAGUAGUUUUAAUAGAGGUUGAAGGUUUUGUCAUUUAUUUUGAAACAUUUUUACUGCUUUUUAUACCUCUAGUUAGUUAUCUAUUAGUUACUAACCUGCGUUUUAUUUUCUCAGCACUUGUAGACUGUGAAACAACGAAAAAGUUGAAUAUAUACUUUUUAAAGGAAAGCUCUGGGUAUCAAUUUGAAGCAAUUCACAUGUAUUAAUCACUUUUUUACUGGCCAUAUUUGAGCAGACUGUAAGGUGACGGGAAAAAUUCUGCCUUCCCUGUCUCUCCUGGUUGCCUAUACAUGCCUGGGUUUGGGUCAGUUUUUCCAUAAUUCUGCACAAUACAAAAGUUACACCGAGCCCUUUCAAAUUAUGAUCAGUAAAAAGGAGUACAACAAAUUCUCUAUCUGUCAAGAAUACUUAGCAAAACUGUGGAUUUUAUUUUUGCCUAGGUUUUCAUACAUUUAUUUCAGAAUUUGGAUGAUUUCCCACAUUUUGUUUCACCAACAAAGAGCAGAACUCUUCUGCUGGUAUUACUUUGCUGUAAACUAUGGCAGACAGACCACUCAAAGUAUUACCAUUUUCCACUUCCAAAUCAGGCAUUUAUUAUCAAGAAAUGAAUAACAAAAAAGUCGGUGGUAUCCUUCAGGGAUGUUUUAGUGAAGGUCAGGACCAGGUGAGGGCCCUUAUGGGCACAAAACAUGUAUUGAUUCUUCUCUUUGAAUCACCCUUCUCCGCAUGCUUUCCCGCAUAAAUGGAGUUAAUGCUGCUGACGCAUAUAGAUGGUAAUGAAAAUAUAAAAAGAGCUGCUGUUAUAAUGACAUAUGAGGGCAUUCAUUGGAUUACACCUGUCAGACUCUAUGAGGGUGUUGUGUGUCUAAUAGUGGUAAUAAUAUGGAUGACAACAGAACUAGUGGGUGACUGUCACUGGCAUUAUUUAGAUGCAUCUAUUCAGCUCGCCCAGCUCUAAAUACAUAUGUGCUAUAUGACAAGGCGAGGUAACUGAUUAUCAGUCAUUCCCUGCAGA